CGAAGACAAUGAAACAUUUUCAUUUUAUCAUCUUUAUCUCCUUAUCAAAAUUUGGGUAAGCGAUUGCUUAAACCUUACUAAACUCAACACCCUUUACAAAAAUAAAAUAACCUUUGCUUGUAAUUAUUGUUACUUUGCUGUUUAAGCUUCUCUGGUUGUCUAGAGUCUCACUUGAAAGACACUUGAAACUGUUAUUUUAAUGUUAGUCAAGUUUUUGUUUCCUCAGAUAUCAAAUCAACACCAUUUGUGCUGUUUUAUGCAAGUUCAGUGAAUCGUCUUUGUUGCGUAAUUGAUAAAAUUAAACUCGACAUCAACACAACAUGAAAUUGAUUUUAAUCAAUUGUUUUAUACUCAUUUGUUUACAAAAUCAAUUCUUAGCCAAACCAGUUCCAUUAGAAGAUGGUGUUUUACUUCUACAAAUUGCUGAUAACUACAGUGCUCCAUUGGUCGCUUCGUUUCUACAUUCAAGAAUAGAAAACACUGUUAAAAUGGUUGAAGAGCUCAAGAAAUCUCUGGAAAAUUUAAGUGAAAAUCAACGGAAUUUGUUUAUUUUGAAAGUAAAAAGUCUUGAAGCCUUGGACAAACGGUUAAAUGCAUUACAAAAAACGGAUUAUUUUGCCAUCAAUGGAACUGAACGAGUUAAGUAUUCAAUUGAACAAUACAUUUUGAAUAAUGAAAUGUUUCCAAUUGAAUUAAGACCGGAAGAGGGUAAAUUCAAUUCAACUCCAGACUAUUUACUCAAACAGAUCAAUGUUAUGUCCAAUGAUGAUCUUAUCAAGGAAACCAAUAACCUUAUAAAAGCUCAUCUCCAAGACAUUGAGACGAAGGAAUCCAAUGAAAAAUAUAAUGAACUUCAAAAAUUGACCGCUUCGCUAACUAAACGUAAACUAAAUCCUUUAGUCAACUUUAAAUAUAGUGAUCCUGUAAUUCAAAGAAAUCAUUAUGGAGAUCAAACUAGCAUCACUGAUAAUCGUCCCUCUCAGAUUGAGUCUGUUUUGAGACAAUUCAAAAACAUUUUGGACCUUUUUUAUCCUCAAUUUGAGAAUCUGGCGAAUCAAAGUGUGCCACCAGCUUCACUGAAACCAGUUAAUUCCGAAGUUGAAUUAGGGGCGUUGAGGGCCUUGAAAAUUUUUCAAUAAAUAAAUAAAUAAAUAAAUGGUCCUCUGUAAACAGUAGAUUCAACAGUAAACAGAAGUUCAAGUUGAAUUACAAAAAUGUCUUUGUAAACCGAGUUAAACAAUUCAUAUUUCAAUGAUUAAAAUAAUGAUCUAAAGAAAUGAA